CCUGCGCCUACUGUACAUAUCCAAGAGCAACAGAUUUCUAAGCUGUUGUAGUAACCACUUGUCUAUGACCAGCCAAGACUGACGUCGAAUGGUCCAACCAUGAGUGAAUGUCGAAUGGCCUACCCGAUGCUCAUAUCUAUCAUGAUGGUCUCUCACCAGCGUGGAAGUCAUCACACAGGCUAUGUUAUAAGUACUUGGGCCGUCGUCACAGAGGCUACAUCAUCACUUUGAACACUUUCUGCGGCCGCCAUGGGCAAUCACCUGUCUGUACUGGGUCAAUCAUUCCCGUCCAAGUCGAAUUUUCACGUCGAAGACAUCCCCGACCUGACGGGGAAGGUCAUGAUCGUUACUGGAGCCAAUACUGGGAUUGGCAAAGAGACAGCGAAGGUCUUGUUGACCCACAAUGCCAAGGUAUAUGUAGCUGCCAGAAGCCAAGAGAAGGCAGAGGUAGCCAUCAAGGAUCUGAAAAACAGCACUGGGAAAGAAGCCCUCUUUUUGAAACUUGACCUCGCAGACUUGAAGUCUGUGAAAGCUUGCGCAGAAGAAUACCUCAGCAAAGAGACUACGUUGGACGUCCUGUUCAAUAGCGCGGGAGUUAUGUUCCCUCCAACAGACUGGUUAACUGUGGACGGAUAUGAUCUUCAAUUUGGAACAAAUGUCCUUGGGCACUUCUACUUCACUAAGCUGCUAUUACCUACCCUCAUCGCUACCGCGAAAUCUGCGCCUGAUGGCAAAGCUCGUGUUAUUACAACUUCGUCCUCGGCACAUGUCCUGAAUGGUCUCAACUUUUCCGCGUUCAAAGAUAGUCCUACCCGCAAAAAGAUGUCUACUUCUGACCUUUAUGGGCAGAGCAAAACCGGUAACAUUGUACAAGCAUUCGAACUCGCAAGGCGCUACAGUUCAGAGGGGAUCGUCUCCAUACCUCUGAACCCAGGUAACAUCAAAACAGACCUGGCACGCCACAUGCCGUCCUUUCUACGUAGCAUUUUGAACUUGUUCCUCUACGACGUUGAACAUGGAGCACUAACUCAACUCUAUGCUGGAACUGUUCCAGAAGCUGUGGAGUUGAACGGCAAGUAUCUCGUUCCUUGGGCCAGGGUUGGUCCAACUCGCCGGGAUGCUCGGGACCCCAAGGUAGGCGAGGCUCUAUGGGAAUGGCUUGAAGAGCAGGUCAAGGAUAUUUGAUUUUUUUCGCUGAUGCCGGGAAGUAUCAUAUAUGCAAACCUUUCUGUUGUCUUUUUUGUUGCGGAUAUUGAUGGAUUUGCAGGUGCGAAUAGUAGAUACCCAUGGUUGCGUUUCUCGUAGUCAGACUUUCAAGAAGGAAGAC